AUGACCACCGCUGCGACUUCCUUCGAUCGCGACCUGGAAAAUGGUCCCAGUGUCCUCCCGAAUAGAGACUCCCACAUGUCCAACGUGACGGAGGAUGACGGCGGUAUCGGCUCUGCCAUCUCGUCGUCGAACUCGUCCAUCAUGGGCGAGGAAGUAGAGGCCGACGCAGGCACAGAAUGGGGUCCCCUGCAUCCAUGCUAUCCUCACAUUAACCCCCACGUCCCCGUCGAGUCUGCCGAAUACACAACUACGCGAAUCAUCCGAAUCCGCCGUGAUUGGCUGCUAGAGGGAGAUGCAGCACCCGCCUACUCCAAUUUGUAUCCGGAAAUCCUGAUGGAAGCUGGUCUCUCUGAGCAAGAGUUCCGAGAUAUUAUCCGCAACAUCAAUAUGCGCCUCAAAGAAGCAUUCGACCCUCUAUCAUGGCGCAACGUCCUCGAUAGUGUUGUUGGCGCUGCCACUGGUUGGCUUUGGGACGACUUGGGUGCUACAGGAAUUAAGAGCAAGCUUGGAAAGGUUGAAGAGUGGAUUGCAGACUGGAACACCAGAAAGGAAGCCAACUUUCAAACAGGACAGGGCGUCUUUGCUCCCCAGCUUAUUUCUCUGCGCCAAACAGGCUACAUGACGCUUGAUAUCCAAAUACAAGAUCCCGAGGUUGCUCCUGCUCCAAGCACCAUUGGACCCGGUGCCUCGCGCACGACUUUACCAACGGAACAGCCUGCCAUGAGUGUGGCGUAA